GCGGAAGCCGGCAGCCAUGCGCAGUGGGCUGCGCGCUAAGGCUGUUUGCACGCGUCCCACGGCUCACCCCGCCAUGGCAGGUCCCGGCACCUUCGUCGUGCCCAUCCUCCUCCUCCUCUGCAGGCUGGGGCCCUACCUUGCUGCUGCCCACAGCCCCCCAGGAGUAGAGUGUGUCCUCUUCAAUGAGGACUACAUGACCUGCACGUGGGGGAGCAGAGAGACGCUAACGGCCAACUACUCCCUCUACUACUGGUACGAGAACAGGUCCCCUGUGGUAGAGUGCAAGCACUACCUGCAGGACCAGGACAUCAAUGUUGGCUGCUACUUCAACCAGAGUGAGAUCAUCCAGUUCCAGCCUUUCCGUGUCCUUGUCAAUGCUAGCCUUGGCGGCAGGACCCUGGAGAUCCGAAGUGAGCGCAUGGACCUGCAGGACCUGGUGAAACCGGAGGCACCUGUCAACCUGACAAUCCGCAACAUGAGCAGCAACCAGCUGCAGCUGAGCUGGACCUCCCUGUACCCCAAAGCCCAGUGCCUGGAGCACGCUGUCAAGUACAAGAGCAACAAGGACACCAGCUGGACGGAGCACCGCGUGAAAGGAGACAUCUUCUCCUUCCCCAGUGUGGACUACGAGAAGUACUACACCUUCUAUGUGCGUAGCAAGAUCAACAGUUACUGCGGCAACACCAAGCUCUGGAGUGAGUGGAGCAUCCCCGUGGUCUGGGGCAGCAACUCCACCAGCAAGGGCAUGGCGGAGGACCAGCUACACUGGUCCUGGAUCCAUACGGUUCUGAUCCCCAUUGCCUCCUGCCUGAUCUUGUUGGUCCUUGUCAUCCUACUGGUGCGCAUGGAAAGGGUGUGGGUCAUCCUCAUGCCCCGAAUCCCCAAUCCUAGUAAGAACUUCGAUGAGCUCUUCAUCACCCACAAUGGCAACUUCCAGGAAUGGGCUGGAGUCCCCAAAGAUAUCUUGGAGAGCUUCAAGCCCAACUACAGCGAGAACAUCUGCUAUGUGAGUGAGCUGCCCCCCAAGGAGAGCUACGAGCCCCUCUGGGAAAGCAGCAAACACCCACCACCAGUGACGUCAGGGGCUGUGGCCACCCCCCAUGAGCAUAGCCCCUACAAGAACAGCUACACGGGAGUGUGAUGCACUCCUGCACCCCUGCACCCCACAUGCUCUGCACCACCGCUGCCUGAAACCUCACCACCUCACAUGCCUCGCUUCUUGCUCCCACCCUGUCUCCACCAAAUGCCUGGGACACCCAGCCCUGCUCCCUGCCACGGCCACACUUGGACCCCCAUGACACAGCAGCUGUACUGCACUGCAGGGUGCUGGGUGCACUUGCAGGGUGCCAGGUGAGCGCAGUGUGCUGGGUGCACUGCCCACUGCACUCCGUGCGCGGGGCAGCGCAAUGGGUGCAGGAGGCAGUGCAUCGGGGGCAGUGGGUAGUCCCCUGGGUGCACUGUUUUUUGCACUGGGUGCUCUGUGUGAUGCAUUGGGUGCACUGCACAGUGUGCCAGCACCUGCCCUGUCCUUGGGGUUGUCCAGGAGAGCAGAGUGACAUCUCACCAUGAGCCCUCCUGCAUGCAGGAUCCCUCACGGGGUUGCUGCGGUGAAGCAGAGCCGUGGGAGGGCUGAUGGGCUCCCACACUGCUCUCCUGUGGGCCGCCACACUGAGUGUGUUGGACCUGCUGGGGGCUUGCCGAGCCACCCUCCCUGCUCCGAAGUGCCUGCAAGCACACCCAGGGAUGUACCCCAGCGAGGGGGCAGGCGAGGGGGCAGCUGUGACCAAGCAGGCAGGAGCCACUGGCUAACUGAUGGGGACGCCAGGGCUGAGGAGCACGAAGGGUCAGAGGGGCCAAGCCACCAUGUCACCCCUGGCCUUGAGGGCUGCUGCCCCGGGGCACCAGGUGAGCCCAACUGUCACGCCUUGCCUCUCCUUCGCCUGUGCUUCAGGUUUGCUGCUGCAAUAAAACUCUGCUGCACUGGG